AUGGCAACCCGCUCCAGGACAGCCUCUCAAGCCCAAUCCCCCUUCGAUCAGGGAUACAUGGAACCCACACUUCCGUCAGCCACCUCUGUUGAAUAUGGCAAGGUAUCCCUCAAACGAGUCACACGGCUCCUCCUCGGCCUCCUUGGCCAAGUCAAACGCCUCAAGCAAGAAAUUGCCAAAAUCAAGGAAGCCGGAAUCGAGACCUGGACAAACGUCAAAAACAUCUCCCAAACCGUCAAUGUUGUCAAGGAUGGGCUUAGGUCCCUCCAGUCCCAUGGUCCCCAAACACCCAAAGGGCCCCAAGCCAAAAUUGUGGAAGAAACGCCACGCCCCUUACCAAAAACCGAGCCUGUUGGAUUGGUUAGUGGGAUCCCCUUCUGGUCAGAAGCACCCAAAGUCCUCCCCGGCCUGGCACAGCCAACCCCAAGAAGAGCCGCUCCCCCACAAGUCCCAUCUCCCCCUCCGUCUCCGCGUCUCCAAUCCCCAAUUGGAACAACUGCCCCUCCACCUCUGGCUCCAGUCGCCGCCUAUCCUGCUCCGGUCAAGGUUGACCACCCCAAUGCCUACACAGGCAAAAUAGGGAGCAAAGCCAAGCAAUGGCUGACUCGGAUGCUAGCCUGGACCCGCCUUAAUUCACGGAUGUUCCCUACCAAUCAAGAGGUUCUCUCCUUCCUCUUGAUGAACAUGAAGGAUUCCGCGGGAGCAUGGGCCCACCCUCACCCCGACCAGCUUGGGUCACACCAAGCAAUCAUCCAAACGGUUGAGGGGUUCAAAUUGGAGUUUUUGGCAGCAUUUGGUGACCCUGACGCCACAAGGGCUGCCGAGCGGAAGAUCACCACCCUUACCCAGUCCGGCACGUGCACAGACUAUAUCACAAAGUUCAGAACCCUUGCCAUGGAACUGGACUGGAACGACGCGGCCCUCAGAGGUCAGUUUGCCCAAGGCCUCCAUUGGGAGGUUAGCCGCCAAAUUGCAACGCGCAAGACUCGCCCGCGUACCCUCCUCGAGCUGCAGAACGCAGCACUUGUCAUCGACAAUGCUCUCCGCAAAGAGCGAGCUAGCCACCCACCAAGGGAUAAUAAGCCUAGCAAAUCAUCCAACCCCGCAAGGGGGACAAGUACCGGCCAACCAAACACCGGUUCAAAGAGACUCUCCAAUGACCCCAACUUUGUGUUGGAGGAAGAACGUAACCACCGCUGCGCCGCAGGCGCCUGCAUCAAAUGCGGCAAAAUGGGCCAUAAGUUUGCGGAAUGCCGCACGGGCUGGAAGGCUACCCCUAUUGAGGACAAGGGGAAAGCCAAGGAAACCGCCAAAAUUGGCAAAGACUCUGAGUACCAAUUGGGAAAAGAAAUAUCCCCACUCUUCAUGAUUUCAAUUAAGCCAGCAAAACAAGCGGAACAUUUAGAAGUCCUGAUAGACUCAGGCGCAACAUCUUCUUUCCUCCACCCUUGUACUGCGGAAUCACUCCGCCUUCCCCUCAUAGAUCUCUCUUCACCCCGCACUGUCACUAUGCUCGAUGGGUCAAGCCCCCAGGCCGGAAAAAUCUGGAAGAAGGCUAACCUGACUUUCUCCCUUGAUGGUAAAAAAAUGACCAAGACCUUCCUCAUAUGCAACACAGGGUCUCACGCCGCCAUCCUGGGAUUGAAAUGGUUGGACGCACACAACCCAGAGAUUGAUUGGAACGCGCAAACCCUCUCCUUUCCCCAUACACCACCAGAACACGUGGCCAUUGCUGAAGAGGAGGAAGCUGAUCAAAACCCCCUAGAAGGAGUACCCCCAAAAUACCAUCAGUACGCCAAGGUAUUUGGGGAGGAAGAAUUCAACAAGCUUCCCCCACACCGGCAUUACGACAUUGGAAUUGAACUCACCAAGGAAGGUCCCCUUAAUUCGCUUCUCUAUAGUAUGACCAACGCUGAGUCCGCUAUGCUCAAGGACUGGCUUAGGGACAAACUCAAGGCGGGCAAAAUAUGUCCUAGCAAGUCUUCCAUCAGCUCCCCCGUGAUGUUUGUCCCUAAAAAAGACAGUUCCCGUUGUUUAGUUGUUGACUACCGUCGCUUGAAUAACCAGACAAAAAAGAACGUUUACCCGCUACCCCGUCCCAACAACCUCAUGGCCCAGCUCCGCGGCGCCAAGGUAUUCACCAAAUUAGAUCUAAGAUGGGGUUACAACAACGUCCGCGUCAAAGAGGGGGACAAGUGGAAAACUGCCUUCCAAACAAAGUAUGGCCUUCACGAGUCCCUGGUAAUGACCUUUGGUUUAACAAAUGCCCCUGCCGCCUUCCAGCACUUCAUGAACGAACUGUUCAAGGAUUUAUUGGAUGUAUGCGUCAUCAUCUAUCUUGAUGACAUCCUCAUUUACUCUAAGGAUGACGCUUCCCACACCCGGCACGUCCAUGAAGUCUUACAGCGUCUUAUGGAAAAUCAACUAUUCUGUAAGGCCUCAAAGUGCACCUUCCACGUGACAUCUGUGGAAUACCUGGGUAUUAUAGUCUCGGAUAAAGGCUUCAGUUUGGAUAAGCUCAAGAUCCAGGCUGUCCAAGAAUGGCCUACUCCUACCAAAGUCAAAGAGGUCCAAUCAUUCCUGGGAUUUGCCAACUUCCUCCAACGAUUUGUUGCCAAUUUCAGCCACAUGGCUAGGCCGUUACACAACCUAGUCAAGAAGGACACCCCUUGGAGAUGGGAUGCAAAGGAACAAGAAGCUUUCCAAGGGUUGAAGGACGCAAUCACCAACGCCCCUGUCCUCUGCCACGCGGACCCUACCAAACCCUACUUCUUGGAGACAGACGCAUCCGGCGCGGCCCUUGGUUCUAUACUCAGUCAACGGCAGGAAGACGGUCGCCUACACCCCCUUGGCUUCCUCUCUGAAUCAUUCAAGGGAGCCAAGCAGAACUACAACACACACAAUAAGGAGCUCCUAGCAAUCAUUUGCUCCUUUGAGUACUGGCGCAUAUUCCUGGAGGGAGCUCUACACCCCAUCACCGUAUUCACCAAUCACCGUAACUUGGAAUACUGGAAAGAAUCUUGGACGUUCAACCGCCGCCAUGCAAGAUGGCACCUCUUACUGGCCAGAUAUAACUUCCAGAUAGUGUACCGUCCCGGCAAACAAUCCGGUAAACCCAAUGCCCUGUCACAACGAUCUGACCAUGCGGACAUUCCCCCUGCCAAUCAGACAAUGCUGCCUGACCCUGUAUUUGCCAACGUUGCCCUAGUUACCCCCGAGAAGGAGCUCCAAUGCCAGAUUGAAGGCGCCCUUGACCAAGACGAAUCGCUAGAGGAAAUAUUACAAUUCCUCCAAAAUGAGUCAAAGGCACCUCCGUCCAUCAAACGCGCGUUCAAAGAUUACAAAAUGGAAGCGGGCCUACUCUUCUACCAAGGACAAAUUGUGGUCCCUGACGUUGGAACGCUGAGGACGGAACUACUUUGUAUCUUCCAUGACAGCCCAUUGGCUGGACACCCCGGGAGGCAGCAAACGUUGGAGUUAAUCUGCAGGAAUUACUAUUGGCCCGGCAUCCGCGCCGACACCUACUGGCACGUGGAUUCCUGCAAAACCUGCCAACGUAUUUGCAAACCUAAGUAUGCUUUGAUUCCUCCGCAACCCCUAGAACUCCCAUCCAGACCCUGGCAACAUAUCUCCUAUGACAUGAUAGUAGAUCUGCCCAAGGACGGGAAUUCCAACUCAAUCCUGGUUAUUGUCAACAGCUUCACUAAAUACGGCAUCUUCAUCAAAUGUUCAAAAAAAUUGAAAGCGCCUGAACUAGCAGACCUAUUCCUGGAAAAUGUCUGGAAACGCCAUGGUAUGCCAGAGAAGACAAUAUUGGACAGGGGAAGGGUAUUCAACAAUAAAUUCCUGAAAGCCCUGUACAAACGCUUAGGAAUAGACCCCCACUACUCUUCAGCCUACCACCCCCAAAGUGAUGGGCAGACAGAACAAGUAAACCCGUCCAUCAAACACUUCCUAAGGGCAUACUAUGGCAUCAACCAACGGGACUGGACAAAGUGGCUCCCCAUGGCGGAAUUUGCUUACAAUAACGCCGUACACAGUAGCACCGGAAAAACUCCUUUCAAAGCCCUGUACGGAUGGGAACCCACCUUAACCCCAUCCAACGUACCAACAGAUGUUCCAGAAGCAGACAACCUUGCCCAGACAAUGGAGGCUCAAUGGAAGGAGGUAGAAUCUGCCUUACGGCAAUCUAAGCAACGGAUGGUAGCCGGAGAAGACAAAAACCCAAUAGAAUUUGAGAUUGGAGAGGAAGCAUGGCUGGACUCCAAGAACGUAAAUCUCAAGACCCUGAGCCCUAAGUUAACCAAGCAACGCUUAGGGCCAUUCAAAGUUACUGAGAAGAUAUCCGACCGCGCCUACCGACUUGAGCUACCCCCAACUAUGCGUAUCCACAACGUCUUCUAUGUGGGACUCCUAUCCAAGGUCAAAAGGGACAAAAAGCGCACCUUUGAAAAUCGUCCCCCACCAGUCACCAUAGACGGAGAAGAGGAAUAUGAAGUGGAAGGGAUCACUGAUGCCAAAGAAAGGAACGGAGAAUGGUUUUUCCGAGUCAAAUGGAAGGGUUAUGGGUCAGAAGAAAACACAUGGGAACCCCAAGAAAACUUAAAAAACGCCGAAAAAAUUUAA